GUUUCUACAAGUGAAUCAUGAUGGAAACCAGUUUUAUCACUAAUAAUUACUGAUGUUAUUUCUGGAUUUUAACAUCAUGCAGGAAACUGCUCAAAGACAGAAGUAAAAGCAUCAGUAAAACACUUGUGUGCAAAAGGAGAGAAUAGCUUAUAAACUGUGUUGAGAGCAGAUGUGUGGUUGACAGAAUGCACUUUAUCACACUGAAGAACAUGUUUCACACAAUCUAAAGCAGCACUUCUUCAUAAUGCACAGACAUAUAGUGCAGAUCUAGAAGAAUUUCAACACUCAGAUCAGAGGAAGUUAAAACCACACGAGGAGCUGAGAGUAUUUAAAGAAAGAGUUGAGAGCAAAUGAUGAAGAGAAAGAGAAAAUGUCUGAGUGUCAUCUGUGUCUGCUGGGACUGAUCGCUCUCUCUUCACUUCUCACAGGUGUCAGUGGAGAGGAUGAUGUUCAUGUGUUCAUCAGUUCUGGUGAAGAUGUCCGUCUGCCCUGUAAUAAUGCUCUUCAUGAUGCUCUUCCUCGCUGCAAAUCAACUACAUGGAACUAUAACAGUCAUUCAGCAGCAGUUGAACUGAUUGGUUUAGGGAAAGAGAUGAAAGACACAGAGAGACAGAAGAGACUGAGUCUGGGGUCUGACUGCUCUCUGAACAUCAGGAAGAUCUCAACAGAAGAUUAUGGACUUUACUUCUGCCAACAAUGGACUGAGACUGGAACACGACUAAGACCUGAUGCUCGUGUUUAUCUGCAUGUUCUUCACAUCUCAUCCUCACAGACUCAGAUCAGUUCAGGUCUCUCUGUGACUCUCUCCUGUCGGCUGUAUUCAUAUCCUCGAGUCUCUUGUGAUGAUUCGGGUCGUUCUGGGGGAAUUCAUCUGUUCUGGGUGAAUCGGGCUGGUGUUAAACUGAAUAUAUCAGACUCCAGAUAUCAGAGAUCAUCCUCAUCAGAUCGCUGUAUCAUCUCUCUGAAUACAACACUCCUGAAUGAAGAUCACAACAGAGAGUGGAGAUGUGAAGUUACUCAGGGAGAUAAAGUCAAGUCCUCAGUCACAUUCACUGUCAAGAGUCCAGGUGAGAAAACAUCUCCUCUAUCAGUGUUAGACGCUCAUAAUGUUAACAUUAAAGACUGUUUGUGCCAAAAACUGAGGAACUAAAGCUUCUUUCAGUCUGACAGAAGAAACUCAAAGCACUUCUGCAAACUAAUGAACUGUAGUUGAGUUUAACAGCUCAAGAUCUGCUUC